GUUCACAAUGUAUACCACCAGUUACAACGGUAUUCUGUCGAAGUAUUUAGUUCAAUGCAAUCAGCAGACUUUUAUGGUCAGUGAAAUGAUUGUUUAUCCGUAAAAUGGCCGUUGUGGUAUCGCAAGGAAACAAAAUUUAGAGAUAAUAAAGUAUCUUUGAAGUAUAUGACAAUGUCUGAACAGCCAGGCCCGAGUCAAUCUCAAUUUCAAACCAAUAUCAGCGUAGCAUCGGGAGCUGUAUUACAAUUACAAAUCGGCCAUGGAAGUACAAAUAACAUAUUUGAAACGAUUGUCAGCAUUGUUAAUAAUAUGAAUAAAAGGCCAAAUAUUUCAAGACAACAAUCCGUCGAGUGUUACAAAGAAGAUAAGCAAGAUAGCUUUGACAAAUUGAUCAGAGAAAUCGUGCUAUUUCAAACUCUUCAAAACAGUCAAAUUUUAACACUUGGUGCUACGGCCGACCACUUUGCAAGAACGGGAAACGAAACGGAAUUCAUAAAAACGUUAGAAAAGUUUGACGAAAUCACAAAAUCGCAAUCGGGCAUUGGUAUGGAUACAAUUCAAGCUUUAGGAGAAGAGUGGGAAAGAGAAAAGAAAUUUUUUCGUGCCAUAAUAACAUACAGAGCAGUAUCGUACUGGCUUGUCUGCAAAUGUGACUCUAGCACAACUUUUGACGUAAAUGAAAAGUUGUCGUCUGACAGCCGUGACAGUAAAGGCGGAGGAGCCAAAGCCGGUAAAACUGGUACCUUCAGUGAGGCUGACGCGAAUAUCAUUAAUGAUGAUAAUGUAACACGCCAAAAUCCAAGAGACGAAGACUGUUGUGUUAACAACAGAAACGCGGAUACAGGCGACCAUUCUCUUAAAAAAGGCUCGACAAAUGUUGAAAAGAAGGAAACGCUUUCCACCGAUGACGCAGCAGUUCAAAUGGCAGGAAGCGCGGAUACAGGCGACAAUUCUCUCAAAAAAGGUUCAACAAAUGUUGAAGACGAGGAAACUCUCUCACCCGAUGACGCAGCACUUAAAAUGGCAGAAUGCAUGUCUUCUAUAGCAAGCGCAACGAGUGAAAUGCAAAAGGAAGGUGGACAAUACCUGCCUACUUUGAGACCAUACAUAGUUUCCUUUGCUAACGAAAUACUAACUAAUUUGAAGGAUAUAAAAAACGUUGAGAAAACGGCAAAAAUGUACGCCGAAAGCGCUACUUUACUUGGUAUGUCUCUUCUACAUACAGAACUUGAGAACUGGCAAGAUGCUGCAGAUGUUUCCCACACAAUUGACAAUAUAAUAGGUGGUGAAGUUGAUGAACUAUCGCAAUACUUAAAUUUCUACAAUAAGUACCUAUUGGCAUAUUGUAAUUACGGAUUGAAAAAACGCGACAAAGCCCUCAAUAUCGUGACAGAUGCCAUCAAUGACGUUACCAUCUCAGAUACAUUGGAUGAAGAAGAUAAGCAUGAAAUAAUGUCGACAAUGAUUGAUUUGCAAGAACUUCUGAAUGACGAUGCUUCAGAUUCAUCUGAAACAAAGAUUAAUUUGUAUAUAUUUAUUUAUGCCUAUAUAUAUAAUAUUUUCGGGAACUCAAUUCCUACUCAAUAUAAGAGCAAUCCAUUUAUAGUCCAUAGCUGACAUGGGCAAGCUCCGGCCCGCGGGCCAAAU